UCAACGCUUCACAACACGGUGGGGAAUGCUUACGUUUGAAAGUACCUGUUUGAAAGAGACAACCGAGUGACAGGUUUCUUGUAAAUAUUUAUUCCUUGUUACAAUGUUGAUUUAAAGUAAAUUAAGGACAUAAUUUGCCAUCAUGUCUGAUUCGGAGGAUGAGGCACCAGAUAAGCAGUUGAAAAUUGUUAUUAUGGGAGAUGGCGCUUCGGGAAAGACAUCAUUGGCAACUCGCUACUCUCAAGAGCAGUUUGGAAGGAACUAUGUACAGACCAUAGGAGUGGACUUCUUCUUAAAGAGGAUUGUGUUACCAGGAAAUGUUCAUGUUGCUCUACAAGUAUGGGAUAUUGGUGGUCAGACAUUGGGAGGGAAAAUGCUGGAAACAUACGUGUUUGGCUCAACUGGAAUUUUAUUGGUAUAUGACAUCACCAACAUUGCUAGCUUUGAGAAUGUAGAGGACUGGUACAGCUGUGCAAAGAAAGUGUUCGGAAAGGACAGCAAAAUGCCACACUUAGCCCUAGUGGGCAAUAAAAUUGACCUUGAACACAUGAGGACAGUAAAAAUGGAUAAACAUCAAAAGUUUGCCCAAGAAAGGGGGAUGUCUAGUCACUUUGUUUCUGCCAAGACCGGAGAUAAUGUCAGUUUAUGUUUUCAAAGAGUAGCGGCAGAGAUUCUAGGGAUCCGAUUAACGAAACCAGAAGUAGAGCAGCACCAACGGGUUGUCAAGGCGGAAAUCAUUGACUCAAAACACGAAGCAGCCGCCAAACCUGUCACUGCAACACCCAAAAGUUCACUAUGCAGUAUACAGUAGCAACCCUCUAACCAAGGGGCAUUAACUCUUACUCGACCCCCCUAGAAUCUUUGGCAUUAAUUGAAAUUCGGGAUCUCCCUUGAUCUCAGUGGAAUGAAGAGUGUGAGGACAAACAAUUUAAUGUUAUCUGGUUGUUUGUUAUUACAUUUCUGAUGGUUGUAUAUUCUCAUUAUUUUUUUUUUCUUCAGAGUGCACUUGCACCUUUUAAAGCUAAGGAUAUUAUAGGUUUUGCAUUUAAAAAUGGCACACUGGUGUUUUGAAGUUUUAUAAUUCAGAUACACAAAUUGAAAUCAACAGUAAGAUAAAUGUGAAUUGCUGUUUUUUUUUUUUUGGACAGUAAAUUGCAUUCCACAAAACCUAUGAAGUAUUAAAAUUAUAACUCUUUACAAAUUGAAAGAUAUUGUAAACGUAUUAUAUUUGGCUGUGUAGUCUUUUUAGCGUUUUUGGUGGAAAAUGGUGUCCGCUAAAUCAAGUACAUCGCCAAAAGUAAACUAAAUAAGUAGAUAAGUAGGUGCAUUCAGAAAUGCGCUAAAUCAAAUCGAAGCCAACUUGUUGAAAAAUCAUAUUCUGCCAAAUAUCGUACACGCUAAAUAUAGUACGUUUACAGUACAUGAACCGUCCAGUACUAAUUUAAUUUUGUUAUUGCAUAAUACUUUAAUAUGUGCAUGUACCUAUUUCCUGAAAUCUGAUCUUUGAGAAGUGUUAAGUUGCAUAAUUUGAAAGUGUAUUGAAAAACAAUAUUUGCUGAAUUGUGAUUGCUACAUUAGAUAUUUUGAAUACAUGUAGUUGGUAUUUUUGAAGUUAAUACUUGUAACGUUUUUAUCUUAAAGUUAGAUUAUGAGAUUGAAGACAGAAUGGUGUUAAAUUUCAGCAACUUGUUUUGGCAAAUGAAAGAGAAAACUUUCUUUUGAUGCCAAUGAAUAUAUAUCUACAGUGUACGUAUAUUGCAAAUUGCUUGAAAUGGUUGUGUCUGAAUUUUUUUUUCCACCCGUGCAUUAUGAUACUUUGUUACCGAGUACAUGUAUGUAUAUAUAUGGAUACUGUAACAUGUUGACAAUGUUUUGGUUAGAUCAUUGCAUUACAUUUUACUACAUUUACAUGAAUGUAUAUUGAUAUUGCAUCAAGAAUGGCACACAUGUUCAAAGUUCAAGUAGGGUUGAGACCAUGGCUUAAACCAAUGCCACAUUUUCAUGUAAAAUAUUUACGGUAGUAGCUGAUUUGUAAAGAAUGACUGUGAGGGCAUCAAACAAGCUGUGACAAAGGAAGCAUCUUUUCAGCUGUGAUACCCGUUCUUUCUGCCAUCUGAUACUAGAUCUUCUAUUUUAUUUGAUUCAUUGAUUACUUUGUUUUGAAAAUGAUUUUUUGAACGAUUGUUUUUAUAUAUUGCAUUUUAACUCUGAGUUACUUCCUUUGGCAUUUCAACCAUUUUGGAGGUCAAACUUGUAAAUUUUUCAUUUUGAGCUGCCAAAUUGAAGCAAGUUUUGCAGACAGAAAUUUAUGGGAAAAUCUUUGCAAUAAUACCAUUACAAAUUGAAGAAGAAGAAUUAAACAUGGCUGUGGAUGGGGAAAAAAAUGUAUCCAUCAAAAACCUUAAGUUGAUUUUUGUUUCGGGAUAUUUUUAGUUUUAUUGAUAAUUAAUACAUGAUGUAGGUACUACCGGUAAAUGUAUUGGUCCGAUAUGCAUUGGUUUAUACUCUCACCACUUUUAAUUUGUUGUAGUUUAUUAUGAGUGGUAUGAAAGGAAAAGCCACUUAUGAAGAUCAAGUGACUUAUUCUAUAAAUACAGUACUUAAGAUUUUUAAUAAAGAUUUUAAUAGUUUAUAGUGUAUGAUGUAAAACGUGGUAUUUUUGAAUUUUUGUUCUUUACAAUUCUUGUGAAAUUGACAGAGGGUUUUUUUUUGUUGAAUUAUUUGAUCAACUGUUUUUGUGUUGUGAUUCAAAUUUUUUAUUCACAUUCAUUAAUCAUAUAAUAUUCAUAUUCUGUUAUGAUAAAUCGUUGUAAAUUCAUGUCAUACUUCAUAAUAAUUCAUUCACAGAAUUCAUUAAAUAAUAUUCAUUCAUGUUUACUUUUCCGCGAGCAUGCAUGUUUGACCUUGUUCAUGCGUGCAAGUGCAUACUCUUUUAAAAUUACUGAUAGGAAUAUAUUGUAUUUUGUUCAGCCUGUUUUUGGUGAAUUAUGUUUGAGACAAUGAAGUUCAAUUGCUUCAUAUGAAAUUUUUUUUUUAUGUUUAAUGGAACUUGACUAUUGUAAAUAGCAAUCGGAAAGUUUUCGUCAUAUACUCAAUAUUCAUUUAAUCACCCCUCAACUGAAGCCUUAUGGGAUAUAGUCAUGCAUGCAUGUAUGUGCCUGCACCAAUAAACAGUAGGGGAGCACCAGAAAGUUACCCAGGGUAUUCAUCUACUCAUGUCUUUCGUGUAAAAGCAUGUCAUACUCAUAACUUAACGGUCAUUCAUACUGCAUGCAUGCAAAUAGAAUGGACACUAAGUAGCAAUACUAGUACGGUUUACACAGUUUGUAACAGUUUCAUUACAGUGACUUCGUCUUGUCUAACUCAGUUGCUGGUUGGGUUGCAUGGUUAAAGCGUCUAUAUUAUUUGUGUUUUAUUUUUCUCUGUUUGUUUAUGACUACAGCCUUUGGGUUAAAUAAAGUUGGUUGUAUAAAUAUCAGGCUUUUAUUCAGUAUAAUAUGUAUUUUAGGUAGAACAUGUAUUUGCAUGUGCCUUUGUUUUGAGGAGUUUAUUUCCUAUACAAACACUGAAAAGCCUUUUCCUUUAAAAGUAAACGUUCUUUUAAAAAUUCAGUGUGCCACUUUGUUCAGUUUGUGUUUUUAGUAUGGUCUUUUUUAAAUAUAGUGCAUUUAUUUGGAAUCUGGUGGUCUUUGAACUUUCAAUUGUUCCAUUUCAACUAUAGUCUGUCCCAAGUUAUUGCUUCCAUCGCUUUUUGAUGAUUUUUAAUAAAAAUACACAUACCUGUGAAAGAAGUACAGUUGUAAUCCUUGAAAUGGAAAAUAUCCAAGAUAUCUUCAUUCAUUUGACAAAUUAUCCCUUUUCACUCAUAAAAGUUUACAGGAAUGAAAACAAAUUUCUUACGGCGAUUUAUAAUUGGAAAAUGUUUACAUCUUUUCUCCAUUCGGAAGUACUCGGGACACAUCGCGCAAUUUUUCAACGUUAUCAUCUGGGCUUAUUAAUUGCUGAUGCAAUGCAAAAUCCCCGUAGACUUUCUAUAUUGGGAUGUGUAUUGAAACCUGAAGUGAUAGAGGGGACGUUUCAAAACAGGUAAUCUGAACAUUUUUCAUAUUAGUAGAUGAACAUAGUUUGAACACAAAUGUAUUUAUUAUUGAAAUAUCAAUCGAAAAGUGAUGGAAGCAAAAACUCGGGACAGAGUAUAGUGGAUAUAUGGGAGAAUGGCCUUUAUUGAUAUUUUUUUGUGCCCAGUUCCCUUUUUUUUUCUCCUUCAAGUUGGUGGUUUGGUUUAUACCUAAAUGCAUCUUCAUCCCAUCUUUUCAAUUCCCCUUUCUAGUACAUCAAACUGGUAAAAUGUUAAAAUUAUUAAAUACAUAUUUACAUGUACUUCAUUUAUAAGUAUUAAGACACUAUGAUGAAGUUUUUUAAAAACUUUAUUGAUUUCAGAUUACAACUCAGCUAGAAAUUGCUAUAUUAUAUGGUAGAAUACAAUUAGUAGCCAUAUCUCUUUUUAUCUCUAUUUGGCCAGUUUUUUUUCUUCUCAUGUCUAAGAUCAUUCAUCUGUAUAUUAAAUUUCCUUUUUGCAUUUUUGAAUUAUCUCAAAACACUCUCAAAUACCUCAGUGUGUUGCACAAUUUGAAUAGAUAGGACAGGUAUUAUUUUUUCUCUGACUAUGUUUUCCAGUUAUGAACAUUUUGUAUUUACAUGGGCAAUACUGUAUAGUAUUUGGGUCUUUCUUUAUGUUAAAUAAAUUCUUGGUGUACUUUUUACCGUUUGUUUCCUGAGUGUAUACUGAAGUUGAAUUGGUAUGAUAACAAUUGGGCAUAUGAAUAUUGAAUGUACAGAGUAUUAAGUUUGUUUUAUGUAAAUGUUUAUUUUUUAAAAACUGCACUUUUUUUUUUUGGUUUAUAUUUUUAACAUUUUUAUAAUUUGAAUUU